UAUCAAUCAUCCAGCUUUUUCCUACAUCACUCUACAAAUUAAAUAUCCCUUAGCUCCUUAAAAAGGGGGGAAAAUAAACAUUAAUCACAACCAUAAACACUUAAAUAUAUAAUGUGCUUAUGCACAUAUUUUCCCUCAACAUCAGCAAUGGAUCCAAGUCAUAAACUCUACUCAAUCUCAACCAUCUCUCUCAUAUUCCUACUAUUGUCCAUUUUUACCUGUCUCUCAUGCCAAGCCUAAAGAAAAGCUAGAGACAUACAUAAUCCAUGUACACAGGUCACCAUCUUUAGCUUCAAUUGCCAGCUUUGAUGAGCAACGAAAAUGGUACAACUCAUUCUUGCCCGUUACAAUUGCAAGCUCAAGCUCUACCGAGCCUCGUAUGAUUUAUUCUUACGAGAACAUCAUCAGCGGAUUUGCUGCAAAAUUGAGCGAAAGAGAGUUGCUCAAGCUAAAGAAGAAAUCUGGCUUGGUUCAUGCCCACAAAGACCGAACAGUCCCUCUGCAUACAACCCACACUCCCAAUUUCUUGGGCCUGCAUCGGCACACUCCAGGCUUCUGGAACGAUUCUAAUUAUGGAAAGGGUGUCAUCAUCGGCAUUUUUUACACAGGAGUAGCACCAGAUCAUCCUUCGUUUCAUGAUGAAGGUAUGCCUCGUCCGCCCGCUAAGUGGAAAAGGGAAUGUGAGUUCAAUGCAUCUCUAAGCAACAACAAGCUCAUCGGUGCGAGAAACUUUGCCCAAGGAUUGAAAGCUAUGCAAAGUUCAGCAGUCAAAGAUGGGCCCUACGAUAACGCUAUAUACAAGGUGUGCAAUGAAGAAGAAUGUGCAAACUCUGAUAUAUUAGCUGGAAUGGAUGCUGCCAUCGAAGAUGGAGUAGAUGUUAUGUCACUCUCCCCUGGAAGUGAUGCUCAACCUUUAGAUAGUGACGUGAUUGCAACCGCCUCAUUUGCAGCGAUCGAGAAGGGCAUUUUCGUAAGUUGUUCAGCUGGAAACUACGGUCCUGCUUAUGGCACCGUCACAAAUGAUGCCCCAUGGAUUCUGACAGUAGGAGCGAGUACUAUAGAUCGAGAGAUUAGAACUACAGUGGAGUUAGGAAGUAAAGCCUGGUUCAAUGGGGAGUCCACUUAUCAACCUAGGGGAUUCAAAUCCAACUUACUUCCCCUUACUGAUGGUUCGUACUGUGUAAAUGGCUCGCUGAGUUGUGUUGACGUUAAGGGAAAAGUUGUCUUGUGGGAUGACGGAAAUAAUGACUGGGUGGAGAAAGGAGAAGUCGUCAAGAAUGCUAGAGGCACCGCCAUGAUUAUUGCCAACCAUCAAGGAGAAGGGGUAACUGUUCCUGCUCUGUCUCAUGUACUCCCAGCUUCUCAUGUUAGCUACACCGACGGAAUGAACAUCAGAUCAUACAUUUAUUCUAACGAGCAACCGAAAACGACAUUCACCUUCGAGGGAACAGUACUUGGAAUAUAUAUAUCCAGCUCCGGUGGUGUUGGGAAUUUAACGCCUAAAUCCCCUAAUGCAACGGAAACGCGGUAUAGAGAACAAGAGCAGAUCCCUAAACUGGGAUUUCUCAAAUAA